AUGUUUGGAGACCAUCAAAGUCAAAAUUCUAUACACAAUGGUGUCGAAUAUCUUGAAAUAAAUAAAAUGUGUGAUGAUGGGGAAUAUAGAAUAAAAAACAUGGAAGAUUCAAGUCAAGACAUUAAGGAAACAGAAACUACAUCCCAGCCAAAAUUAUUGAUAUUUCUUAGCGAAUUUUUUGCCACCGCCUUGCUGAUUUUCAUGAUAUGUAUGGGAUGCACCAUGCAAAUAGACGCGACUGUUUUGCAAAAUUGUUUGACUUCAGGCUUCAUAGUUAUGAUUCUAGUUCAUACGUUUGGACCAAUUUCGGGCGCACAUUUAAAUCCAGUAGUAACAAUAUCUUACAUGAUUAUCAAUAGACUGUCACUAAAGGAAACUUUUGUUUAUUUUAUAGCUCAGUUUUUGGGAGCCUUAACUGGAUAUGGAUUGUUAAUGGUAAUAACUCCAUUAAAAUACUACGACGUUCCAGGACAUUGCAUGACUUUACCAAAUCCAGAACUUGAAACUUGGCAGGCAGUUACAUGCGAAUUUUUAUUAACCUUUGUACUAAUUGUGGCCGCGUGUGCUACAUGGGAUACAAGAAAUGAAAACUCUUUGGAUUCAGUUUCUAUAAGAUUUGGUCUACUUAUUGCCGCAUUAUCCAUUAUUGGCUCACCGUAUACUGGCACUAGUAUGAAUCCAGCAAGGAGUUUUGGCCCGGCUUUGUGGAAAGGAGACAUGAGGUCCCAAUGGAUAUACUGGAUAGGCCCUACAUUAGGAUCAGUUGUUGGAUCCUACGUUUACAAAUUACUUUUUUUAAAAGAAGCGAUUAACCCAUAA